AGUUAGCAGAAAUUAGGUGAAAAAUAUUAUCAACGAGUCUCUCUAGAUCCUUGCCUGGGGCACAACCUCUCACCAUGAUAACAGGUUAGUCAACACAACAUUUUUUCAACACAUCUGUGCUGACAUUCACUCGUUAGUCACUAAUUGCCCCUCAAGAGUUCUCGGCUGCCCAAAUUAAAGCGAGAAGCCUGUAGUUGCUGUGUUGGAUCUUUCUGCUCCUUUAUUGGAUGUAACAUGCGCACUCCCCCAAGGGCAUGUGUUUUCCCCAAAGUGGGAUUCGGCGGUUUAUUUUGGCUCUUGGAAGGAAGUCUUCCAUCCGACGUUCUUCUGCCAGGCCGGCGAGAAACCUGCCUGGCUCAGCACCCCUGAGUGGAGGGAGGGGACAGAGAGAAAACGCUGGAGGGAGUUCCCCUGGUCUUGCCGCCGCCAGUGGUGUCAGUACACGUGCGCAUUGCCGGGGCUUGAGGGCGGGAAGGCAAGGAGCGAACUGUCAGCCGGGGCCAGGCACCCAGAGAAGAGACAACUGCUGACUCAUCUUACAACCAAGUAACACCCACAUCCCCCCCUCCUCCCCCCAACGCCGAAUGAACAGUGAAGGCAGCUCCAGGCUUCGAGGAGGGUUCCUAACGCCUACGUUGGUGCUGCUUUUUUUCCUCCUUCUUCUUCAACAGCCUCAUCCUAUGUGUCUCCCCUCCUCCUCUGGCGAAAGUACAAAUGAAGAGAUUCUCACUUUGUGCGUCGCUUCGUUGGGUUUGGAAUUACAAAACGCGAUGAUAAAUGUUAAAAUAAUUGAAGUGUCCGACACUCGUGAAAAUGUGGUAAUGUCGUUUCGCGGGGACCGUGUUAGCACCUGAAGCGAGAGCUCCCUAUUUACAAUAAAGGAGGUAGUGGGGGACAAAAAAAAAUGUUUCAAGGCACGGAAAAAAGAGCCGGCCACUAAAGUGUAUUUUACGCCUCCUGAACAGAUAUUCGAUUGUCAGGAUGUGAAACAUUGAAUACUGUACCAAAAAACAAACAAACCUGUGGACACAAACAUAACACGAUGCGGCUUUAGAAUACCAAAGACAAGGCUUUGAAAUGGCAUGAACUAUGGCUCAGCUGUACUACAAAAGAAGUGACAAUGCACCAUACAGAGAUCGAAUUUCUCUUCGAAUUGUGAGAGCAGAAACUGAACUCUCUCCUGCAGAAAAGGCUUACCUGAGUGCUGUUGAGAAAGGUGAUUACGCAAGUGUCAAACAAGCUCUUGAAGAAGCUGAGAUUUAUUUUAAAAUCAACAUCAACUGUAUUGACCCUCUGGGACGGACUGCACUUCUCAUAGGCAUUGAGAAUGAGAACUUGGAAAUUAUUGAACUUCUUCUGAGUUUCAAUGUGUAUGUAGGAGAUGCUCUUCUCCAUGCCAUCAGGAAGGAAGUUGUUGGGGCUGUUGAACUACUAUUAAAUCAUAAGAAACCUAGUGGAGAAAAGCAAGUUCCACCAAUACUACUAGAUAAACAGUUUUCAGAAUUUACACCAGAUAUUACACCAAUAAUUCUUGCAGCCCACACCAACAAUUAUGAGAUCAUAAAGCUUCUUGUGCAGAGGGGAGUGUCUAUACCACAGCCUCAUGAAGUUCGUUGCAACUGUGUGGAGUGUGUUUCCAGCUCAGAUGUUGACAGUCUACGUCAUUCUCGAUCAAGACUGAACAUAUACAAAGCCUUAGCAAGUCCAUCUUUAAUUGCUUUGUCCAGUGAAGACCCCUUUCUGACUGCAUUUCAUUUGAGCUGGGAGCUUCAGGAACUAAGUAAAGUGGAAAAUGAAUUUAAAUCUGAAUAUGAGGAAUUAUCACAUCAGUGUGAAUCAUUUGCAAAAGAUUUAUUGGACCAGACAAGGAGCUCCCGGGAAUUAGAAAUAAUACUUAAUUAUAGAGAUGAUAAUAGCAUUCUGGAAGUGCAGACGGCUAAUGAUCUUUCCAGGUUAAAGUUGGCAAUUAAGUAUCAUCAGAAAGAGUUUGUCGCCCAGCCAAACUGUCAGCAACUCCUUGCUUCCCGCUGGUAUGAUGAAUUUCCUGGCUGGAGACGGCGACAUUGGAUCGUUAAAUUCCUGACCUGCAUCGGCAUCGGACUGCUAUUUCCAGUUUUUUCUGUGUGCUACUUGAUAGCACCAAAAAGCACAUUAGGCCUUUUUAUUAGAAAACCAUUUAUUAAGUUUAUCUGUCAUACUGCAUCAUAUUUGACUUUUCUUUUCCUGCUGUUGUUGGCAUCCCAGCACAUUGAUCGAACAGAUUUAAACAUGCAAGGUCCUCCACCAACCAUUGUUGAAUGGAUGAUACUUCCCUGGGUGCUAGGUUUCAUUUGGGGUGAAGUAAAACAAAUGUGGGAUGGUGGACUUCAGGACUACAUACAUGACUGGUGGAACCUUAUGGAUUUUGUAAUGAAUUCUUUAUAUCUAGCAACAAUUUCUUUGAAAAUUGUUGCUUUUGUUAAGUACAGUGGUUCACGCCAACGGGAGGACUGGGAAAUGUGGCAUCCUACCCUUGUUGCUGAAGCAUUAUUUGCUAUUGCAAACAUCUUCAGUUCCCUUCGCCUAAUUUCACUUUUCACUGCUAAUUCUCAUCUGGGACCUCUCCAAAUAUCUCUUGGACGUAUGCUGUUGGAUAUUUUGAAGUUUUUAUUCAUAUACUGUCUGGUGCUACUAGCUUUUGCAAAUGGUCUGAAUCAAUUAUACUUUUACUAUGAGACAAAUGCUACAGAAGAACCAAAUAACUGCAAAGGAAUAAGGUGUGAAAAACAGAACAAUGCCUUCUCAACGCUAUUUGAAACUCUUCAGUCACUGUUCUGGUCAAUAUUUGGUCUUAUUAACCUAUACGUGACAAAUGUGAAGGCUCGUCAUGAAUUCACGGAGUUUGUAGGUGCCACUAUGUUUGGAACAUACAAUAUUAUCUCACUUGUGGUUUUGCUCAAUAUGCUGAUAGCUAUGAUGAACAAUUCAUACCAACUUAUUGCGGACCAUGCAGAUAUUGAGUGGAAAUUUGCAAGGACAAAGCUGUGGAUGAGCUAUUUUGAAGAAGGUGGAACUCUUCCAACUCCUUUUAACAUUAUUCCAAGUCCAAAGUCUGUGUGGUAUUUAAUAUCAUGGAUGCGAAGACAUUUAUGUUUCAAAAUUCUCUGCAAGCAAAAGCGAAAAAAACCUGAAAGUCUUGGUUCUCUCGGGAGGCGCGCAGCUAACAAUUUGAGACGAAAUCAUCAGUACCAGGAAGUUAUAAGGAAUUUGGUAAAAAGAUAUGUUGCUGCAAUGAUCAGAGAUGCCAAAACUGAAGAAGGGCUGACUGAAGAGAAUUUCAAGGAGCUGAAGCAGGAUAUUUCUAGCUUCCGCUAUGAAGUUUUGGGUCUUCUGAAAGGAAACAAGGUUCCUGGUAAACAGGCCACGACCUUUAGCACAACAUCUCGAAUUUCAGAUCUAAAUGAAGUUUUUAAGGCUGAAGAUCGAACAACUGACCACAUGACUGUGUCAACAAAGAAAAUAACAUGCGCAAAUGAACAGAAGAACAAACUGAGCUUUUAUGAUUUGACAUCUUUAGUUUGUCCAAAGACAAUGUCUAAGUUAUCAGAUAAUCCAGCAGCAUGUAACACUUUGAGCAAUGGGUCCACACCAAAAGCAACUGAUAUAUCCAAUGAAAAACAAAACAAUAAAAGUAUUGUUAAAGACUCAAUCAAAAAUUUAGGAUUCUUUCGCAAAAGAACAAAACCAUACAAUGCAGAGCAGAAUAGCAAUAGGAUUUACACGGUUUCUGAGGAAAUUACUCAAGAGGAAGACCGUCUCAGAAACAAAGAAAGCGACUGUGAGGACAAAAGAAACAUGGACCAAAUGGUAGUGAGUGAGAAUAACUCAGACAUAAAAGACCUAAAAGUGAGUAGCACAUGGAAGCCAGAAAUGGAAGAAAAGAUACAAGUACUUUCACAAAAACAGUCUUCAGAUGGAAACACCAGUGCUCGCUCAUUAGAAACAACAGAGGAUACUCUGACACAUGAUUCAGGGAAUGAAGACAGUGCAAAUCAAUGGACUGUGACACAGGGUGAUUAUGUGACAACUAGAUUAUAAUAGUAUUUAUUUUGCAGAUUGCUUUUGAGAAUAUUAAUAAAGGAAUUAUAUUGAGAAGACAUGGUAAACCUUCAUGUUAGCAAUGCUUGUUUCUUUAAGUUAUUGAUUAUUUUAUCAAUGCUCCUAAAUGAGUCUGUAAGACUCUGGAACAAUGUAAUUGACAAUCUCUAAUUUAUAUGGGUAGAAAUCAGGGAGGAACAGUUGAUAUUUCCUAAGAAAUAUUGCAGCCAUUGAAAGUGGAAGACUAACUGCUAUCUGUAGUACCCAAUGUUUUAAUCUUCUUUCCAUUGCUAAGCUUAACAUAAUAAUUCAAUGUAAAAUUCUGUCGAUUAGUUUUCAGGUGGUGCAUAUACACCACUUGGAAGUAUGCAUCUGGAGACUGUACUAGAAAUGUAGAUGUCUUUUCUAAUUUUUUGGAUGUUAUUUGGCCUAAGCACCAAGUCAAGAGCACAUUAUGAAUGUGCAGCAUUGGGUUUGCUAAUGUCAUGAGCCAAAUAUCAUGGUAAAAAACUAAGCUCAAACAUUUACUUAAAUAUAUCACUGUAAUAUGAUCAGAAGACCGUUUAGGUCCUCUGGACUAUUCUGCAAUUCAGUUAGAUCUUUGCUGAUUUGUACCUCAGCUAUAUUUGCCCCUUUGCUCCAAAUCUCUUGUUUCCCUAAACUAAUAACAACUGAUUUUUCUCAGCCUUGAAAUCACCAAUUGUCCCAAUACUUACAGCAAUUUUGGAGAAGAGUUAUACAUUUUUCCUAUCCUUUUGAACUAAAUGCUUCUCAAUUUCACGGCUAAAUAGCUUAACUCUCAUUUUAAGGUUAUGUUCUUUAUUUCCCUUGUUAAGGCAUUAAUAAUAUGCAUAACCAACCAAUGAAAUUAUUUUAACAUUUUCACCAUCUCAGUGAGAUUACAAUCUCCUAUAUUCAGGUAUAUAGGUGCCAAAUUUAUGCAACAUUUCCUCAUAGCUUAAGCUUCCAACAGUAUGUUUUGAACAUAAUGAAGUCUGGCUUUGAAUCUGGUACUAUGUUGUGUUCCACAAUGACAGAUUAUUAAAUGUUAUAGUAAAGGAUUUAGGUUUUAAAUUGAAAUUGUGGCAGAAAUAUUUGCGGAUGGAGAGCAAGCAUAGAGCAGUGACUUGGAUCAUGAUCUGUAUCAACCAGAUUUCUCCUUCUUUAUAUCCAUAAAGACAAUUUCUCUUGGUGGUAAGGCCACAUUCCCAACUCAUUCUCAUAGCAUACCAUCACUACUGAAGAAUAGCAAGCAAACUUUCUGGACAGGGUCCCACAUUGUCAGAUUCAAAUGGAAAUCAAUGCAAUAAAUAAUUUUUUUAUGUUCAUAAUAGCAUUACUCAGAAUACUGUCUGAGUCAGCAGAGUGAGUGUUUGUGGUGCAGUUAUUGGUGUAAGCGCCUACCCCAUCAACAAAAUAUUUGUCUCUCUGCAAUUUGGGGUAGUAUUAAUGUAAAUACAAAUAGCUGGUGGAAGCACUAUCCUGUCCACAGCAUUUCUAGCUAAAAUGUUUGCAUACUUAAAAAUUCUGAAUCUAUUAUGUGAAAUUCCUAACCCAAACUUUGGCAACAUUAAUAUUUUCCUGCUAGCAUUAAAGCCGAAGGUGCAUAAGAAAUACCUCUGAGGCAAUUUUACAUCACCUUUUUUAAUUACAUUGUAAAUGUUUGGUUGGGAGUAGGAUUGGAAAGUUAAAUAAUUAUUUAUUUUCCCUGUUUCCAUUUGCAUCAUCCCUACUUGCUGCCUACAUUCAGUUAUUCCAUUAAUUUAUUAAAUUUGGUUAGAGAUGCCUCAAGGGAUGCAUUUUUCUCUACAGGAUAGGUCUUCCUGCUGACUUCACCUGAGAUGAAGAAUCCUGAGAAUUCAGACAUAGGGGUAGUCAUGUCUAAACUAGAGUGAAACUCCACAUUGGGCAUUUCAGUAUAUGUCCAGUACACAAAUACUGGAGUUACUGGACUAUCUAAUAUAAUUGUUCGGUCCUUAGUAUUGACUCUGGAUUUCUUGAAGUCUCACGGCAUCAGAAAAAAUUUAUGUUCGGAAAUUUGUUAGUUAUAAUCUACCGCCUUCCCUCCAUUGAUGAAUCAGUAAUUUUGUAUGUUGAACAUUACUUAGAAGAAGCACUGCUUAUAGCAAAGACACAGAAUGUGCUCUGGAUGCAAACCCUCACUGUAAACAAAACUAAUUGACUCAUCUAUUGAUCAAACUGUCUGAAUCCUGAAGAACACAGCUUCACAGUAAAUCGAAUCAUCAUUGAAUACUGAAAUAUUGAUACAUUAAAAUACUAGUGUAAGUGAAACAAUUAUCCAUGUCUGUGUAUAUAAGGAUCUCUACCACUGUCUUAUAAUGUGCAAUAGCUUAGUGUAAAUUUUGAAAUGUUGUCCAAACUCUAAAAAUGAAUAAUUUUCAAUAGUAUCCCAGAAACCAAUUAAAGAAGAACUCUGCAUGUCAUCCCAAAACAGUUCCUUUAACAAUAAAACCAAUAAACAGGAACAUCUUUCAAUUGCUCCAUAUUAUAUCAUAGCCCUAAAAUAGGGAUCAUCACCUGGACUUUUAUUGGGGAUUUUUCUGAUGAUCCAAAAUGGCAGGAGAACAGAGAAUCCCUGCACAAAUUCCUUUGAAUAUAUAUGUUUGGUCAUCAAUCAAAUAACUGAGGAGGUCAAGAUUGAUAAAUCUAGGACACUGCGUUUAUUUUUAAUUAAAGAGUUGUCCUAAAAUUGACAAAUUUUGACAGUUUCAGCUCCGAGAGGCCUUAGUUUUUA